AUGGUUACCAAGCAUUGGCCUGCAUCUAAUGCAAAACUUGAAGAAAUUGUUCGAGAGACAACUAAUGAUAAAAUGUUAACUAUUAUUUCUUCCUAUGUAAAUCAUGGUUGGCCUAAAUAUGCUAAAGAUGUAACGGAAGAUAUUAAACCAUUUUGGGAUGUUCGAGAUCAAAUUAGUAUGAUUGAUGGUAUUUUGACCUUUGGUGAGCGCAAAAUUAUUCCUAAAAUACUGCAAGUGGAGAUGCUGUCGAGAAUUCACCAGGGACACAAGGGAAUAACAAAAUGCCGACUUCGUGCUAAAGAAGCGAUUUGGUGGCCUUCAAUUGGGAAACAUUUUGCUGAAUUUGUAAGCAGGUGUGAACAUUGUACAAGUAAACAAUCAUCACAAAGGGCAGAACCACUGAUUCAGUUUCCACUUCCAAAUCGUCCAUGGCAACGCAUUGCGUGUGAUUUGGCGGAAGUAGAUGGUAAACAGUAUUUGAUAGUAGUGGACUGUUAUUCGAAAUGGAUUGAAAUACAUGCUAUGCAUAAAACUUCGUCCGCUGCUGUGAUUAACGUUUUGAAAGUUGACUUUGCUCGUUUUGGUAUUCCGGAAACAGUUAUCACCGAUAACGGUCCUCAGUUUUUGGGAGAAUUUCGUCAAUUUGCACAAGAUUACAACUUUGAACAUGUCACUGCUAGUUCAUACCAUGCUCAAGCAAAUGGGCAAGCAGAGAAAGCAGUGCAUAUUUCAAAGAACAUUCUUAAACAAACUGAUUACCUUUCAGCUUUAAUGGCUUAUCGAUUAACACCAAUACCUAGUUUGGGUUUGAGUCCUUCUGUAUUACUGAUGGGAAGAGAGAUACGAACAACUCUACCUCAACUACCUGUGAAACUCAAACCUUAUACACCAAACCAGAAAGACAUUCGAGCGGCUGAUAAAUCAUAUAAGCGAAAAGGGGAAGUGUAUUAUAAUUCAAAAUAUGGUGCAAGAAAUUUGAAAGAACUUAAACCGGGUGAUAAAGUGAAAAUUAAAUCUAAACAUGGGUGGGAGUCCACUGGAAGAAUUGUUAAAUGUGCUGGAACGCCUCGUUCAUAUAUUGUUGAAGUGAAUGGGAAAACGUAUAGGAGAAAUCGACGUAACAUCUUGUAUGCGCCGCAUUCAUCAAUUUAUUCAGAUACUGAAUUUGAUUUUGAUACUCAACUUAGUUGCAAUGUACAGCCAGAUGAACCGAUGAUAUUAAGGGAUGUGCAAUCAUCUACACAGGAGACUACACAGGGAGUCUUACGACGUUCUUCUAGGCGACAGACUGUACCAGUCUGGCAUUCGGAAUAUGUUAUGAACUAA